AUGGCACUGCAAAGCGUUAUUAAAUGGCUCCGUGGGUAUUCUGAACGGCAAGUUCUUAUUCUUGGAGAGGCGGCAUCUGGGAAGACUACCUUUCUUUCCCAACUUAUUCUUGGUCAAGCAGUCGAUGCAUUUCCAACCAUAGGCCACUACCUCGAAUCCUUUGAGUAUAAAUGUCACCCAUAUAUGAUCUGGGAUACUGGAAUGGGAUGCUUUCGGUACCCAAAUUGGUUAGCAUACGUUUGUUCCCCAGACACAUCCGUCUUGUUCUUCCAUGACUGUACCAUGGAUGAGGAAUACACACAAGAAAGCCUCGAUCUCCUCUCUAUCAUUGGCAAAGAAAUGCUCAAGGUGGGUUAUAGAAGUUUAUGGAUUAUCUUUAACAAGCAAGACUCUCAAGACUCUCUGUCUGCACAAGAUAUUGAUCAUCUACGCUUGGUAUAUGGCAAAAGAUUAAAGGAAAUAUUCGACGAUUCUGUCAAAUGCAAAGUCAUUGAUUAUCCUGUGAGUGGCAAGACUGGGGAAGGGGUCAAGCAGGUUAUGGAGGAUCUACAUGCCUUCAUCACUAGCAUAGAACAAGAUCACCAUCAGCAACAGAUCCCUAAGCACCCUGUUCCAAAGCAGUCGCAGAAAGAGGAGGCAUCAGAUGAUCACAAUCUCAAAGUACGAAUUGAAAAAGAAGGCUCCGAAGAUAAUAUGGAUCCUCGGCAAUUUUGGCAUUCGUUUUUGAGUGCUGAUUUGACAGGGUGGGACCAUCGCAGUCACCUCAAGUCAGGCUUCAUUAUUACUUUGGAGUCAAUCAAGGAAGGGAAGAAUGUGUUCGAUAUGGCGGAAACUUUCCUUGGGCAUAUAAGGAGACUGAGAACGAUGAAACCCGAUCUUUUUCGAAAUACAGAGCAUCGAACAAUGACAAUAUUCUGGCUCCUACAACUGCAGAAUGCUAUUUUGAAAUACAAACUCCACACAGGGAAAGAAAAAUUCCCAUCCUGGAAUGACUUUCAGCAAGUCCUCCUCUACACGCCGUCAUUAAUGAACACCGGCCUUUGGAGACUAUACUACAGCAAGGAGCAUAUGUUUUCUGAAACGGCACGGGAGUCAUGGUCACUUCCUGACCUGCGACCCGUGCCUGGACUAUCAAGUCUAAAUCAUGAUUCUCUUCCCGGACAAAUCAGUAACCCGGACCGGCUCCUCCAAUACGCCUUUGCAGUUGUUCAAUACACUCUCACUUCAGGCGCUCGGCGCGGUCAAGUGGUCAAGGAAGCACUUGAUUCGCUAAAGAUGACGACAAUCCGCCUUAGAACGACCAACUCAUCCGUUCCCCCCUAUUCCGAAACACAGGCCUAUUUCUGGAUUCAAGUAGUUCAUGCUGCUAUCCAGUCACUUGAGGCAGCUCCAGGGAGUUCAACGAGUGAAAGGUCGAUAGUUGACGUCCCUGCAUCACGCAUUAGCUCCGCUACUCUCAGCGCGCUUUUCGAACUGAACUCGUCUACUUGGAAACGCUAUUACUCGGAGAAGGUCUGGAAUAGCAUUUCCGCACGUAUGGCAUUUGUCCAACCAGACCUCAAGCCGGUACCAAAUGUCAUCACCAUCUCAUCCCAAUCCCAAAAGCAAGCCGCUCUUUUCAAGCAGAUGGAGACUGCUCUGCUACAGAAUAGCCCUAAGUUGCCAACCAUCGAGUGCCUUUCUUUCCAAGCAAUCUGGGCCAUCCAGGAUGUACAGGCACUGGCUGGAUCCCCAAUGGCGGAUUCUCCCAGUAUAUCCACCCAUUCGCACAUGCUACUAUAUUUAUAUAGGAAGCUUAUAAUGGGAUCAGAGAACGGCUUGCCAGGAAAAACUGCAUUGGAGCAAGCAGAGAAAAUGACAGGUCCUCGGGUCGAUUCGGUCACACAUAAGAUGUUCUGGAUCCAGAUUUUCUUGACUGCUAUAGCUCGUGCCGAGGCUUCCAGGAAGAUAGCCGACAAGGAGACAUCCAUGGAGAAGGUCAGAUUUGAAACAUUCAUCCGGAGCAAUCUCCAUCUAGUCUAUGAAGAUUUGCCAAGCUUAUAUUACACCCCGGAGAUCUGGCAAAGUCAAGAGGCAUCUGAGAUAAUGAUUUCGCCUGACAGAAGGAGGAUCAAUGAGUUCCUCGACAAGGGCAAGCUGGAAGAAUUGGUCUUUAUCUAG